ACAAAGUGACCCAGUCUGUUGCUUACCAUAGGUCUACUUUGAUGAUGAAGACCCUCACCUAGGCUUAUCCCCACCCCAGGCACACCUCUCCCACCCUGAGGCUUUUGGAGGUCUCAAUCAGCUGUAAGAUUACCCUCUCUCUGAUUGCUUGUGUGGAGUACAAGUUAUCUCCAUUACGCCACAAGCUGGGAGAUGUUUGUGUUGGCUGUCUGAAGCUGAUUGCUAGCCUGCCUGCUUGGUGAGGUAGCAGUCCACAGUGAGCCGUUAGACCUAGCCUGGAGGUGGUGGUGGCCAGGCUACAUAUAGAGGCGCGUGGGGACACAUGGCAUUUGAGUGUCUGACCUCACGGAUACCCUGAUAUCAGAUGCUUACUGACAACCAGCAUCACAUAUCUACCUGCAUCUACCUUGUCCGUCACUGGCAUAACUAGCAGCAUGAGCAGAGCAGAAAGAGCAAAGAAGACUCCUCAGCUUGUUUUGGCAUGGCUUCUUCAGCUCUCAGCUUGGGAGGAGGUGAAGGCCGGGUGGGUCACCAACCCGGGGUCACACAGCUCUAGUAUGCCUCAGAAUCCUCCUGUUCCUCUGCUAAGGACAGCCUGCCCAACCACGCGAGAAAGGCACCACCAAUCCCGGCCAGCCCUCCAAGAGGAACCACUCCCACAAGUCCCCAAGGCCAAGUUCUGAGUACCAUUCCUUUACGUGGUGCAUCUGCUGCGCCACCAACAAAUAGAAAGAUGUCACAUGACUCUGUCACAGAGCGUUUGAACCUUGACAUGACAUCAACACAUACCCACGAAGAAAAGAAUUUAUGGAAGGACAGUUUCAAGACACUGUUAGAAUUUUAUGAGAAUGGACAGUUGUGUGAUGUUGAAAUUAUUGUUGGAGAGAGGUCAUUUAAGUGUCAUCGAACAGUUCUGGCAUGUGCCAGUUUGUAUUUCAGGGCAAUGUUCAUGUCCGAGAUGGCGGAAAGUAAACAGGAAACCGCCACUAUCCAUGACAUUGAUGCUCAUGCAAUGGAGAAGCUCAUCCAGUUUGCGUACACUUCGAAAAUAACCUUGACAAUAGACUCAGUCCAGCAGCUUCUGCACGCCAGCUCCAUACUACAGAUGGAGGCAGUUGCUCAAGCGUGCUGUGACUUCAUGAAAACUCAACUAACCCCGUCAAAUUGUAUUGAUGUGCAUAACUUCGCUGAACAGCAUAAUCGUGUUGAACUAAUGAAGACAGCCACGGACUAUUUGUUAAGUCAUUUCUUGGAGGUUGUGGAAGGUGGAGAGUUCAAGGUCAUGAACAAGAAGUUGCUGGAGAAGUUGAUAUCUUCGUUUGAUCUGAAUGUUGAAAAUGAAGUACAAGUUUAUGAGGCUGUGAUCAGCUGGGUGAAGAACGACCUUGACACUCGAUGUGAGUUUCUGCCGAGUUUGCUGGAACAUGUAAAGCUGCCCCUGGUCUCGGCCACAUACCUGAUGGAGACCGUGGAGAAGGAAGACCUGAUGAGGAACAGUCUUGCAUGUCGGGACUUCCUGGAUGAGGCCAAGUAUUUUCGCAUGUCACAAGUCAGCUUAGUACCAGGGGUCAAGGUCACUCCUCGAACCAGAGAGAGAAAGAGCUAUUCGGGUGUGUUGUUCUGUGUGGGAGGUCGUGGAGCUACUGGGGAUCCCUUCAAAAGUAUUGAGGUCUAUGAUGUCUGCCGCAACAAGUGGUUUCACGUUGCAGAGAUGCACACACGCAGACGCCAUGUUGGUGUAUGUGCUGCCAAUGGUGUGUUGUACGCUGUUGGCGGACAUGAUGGCAAUGAGCAUCUCAGUAGUGGAGAGGUUUUCGACCCCAAGACCAACAAGUGGAAGAAGAUAGCACCCAUGAGCACACUCAGACGAGGUAUAGCGCUAUCGUGUUUGGGAGGACCUGUGUAUGCCCUUGGUGGCCUGGACGACUCCACCUGCUUCAACACUGUGGAGCGGUACGACCCCACCACCAACAGCUGGACCCAGGUGGCCCCCAUGAACAUACCCAGGGGAGGUGUGGGUGUAGCACCCCUCAAGGGUCAACUGUAUGCUCUUGGCGGGAAUGAUGGCACUAGCUCCCUGGACAAGUGUGAACGUUACGACCCUUUCACCAACAAGUGGACCUCCAUCGCAAGCAUGAACAAGCGGAGGGCAGGGGCUGGAGUGGCUGUCUUGGAUGGGGCUAUUUUUGUAGCAGGGGGGUUUUCGAUGACAAGCACCUCUGGACUCCAGUCAUCUGACCCAUCGACUGACACAUGGAGUCCCAUCACUAUAGCAUGUCCUGCUGUCGAUAGGUGGUGUAGUCAGGCAUGCUGGGGCAAGCUAUAUAUGCUGUGGGGGGCAUGAUGGCUGCAACUAUCUCAACUCUGUCGAGGGCGUCUGACUCACUGAAGCAGACACCUGGUCGUCUGUGAGAGGGAUCCAACAGUAUCGGGCAGGGGCAGGCGUUGCCUUCUGUGACAGCCCACUAAAAACUAUCCGCAAAUAUAUGAGAGGCAUGAUGCUGGAGCGUCUACAGUGUGUCUGAUGUGUCACAAACAAACAUGCCCAAAAUAUUGCGGGACAUCAAAAUGAGGCAUUUGGAAAAAUGGCAGCCUGUCUUGAUACAAACAACAUGAUGGAGGUAGUCUACAGAUAAUGAUACAUUGUCUUGGCAAGAGAGGUCCUGGUGGAGGUGGCAGACGACACCACAGAUGCCCAUUUCUACUCACCUUGUUGGAGUUAUUGUACAGAAGAUCCAUCAUUCAUGGGAUAAAGUGGACAGGGUUGAAGCAGAUAUCAUCAUCUAUGAUGACCAUGGAGAACAGGACUCCUAAAGAUGGCGACUACAUGAUGACUGAGGUUCAUCUGAUUGUCCUGAAGGACAUCUAUCACUACUCCCAGAACUCAUCCCUGCACAGACAUACUCAACACCCUCCACACACAGUUCCCCAUGUCUGCUGUACACGUAUUGGCUGUUUAUUGUUGCCUGAAGCACAGCAAGGACCAAAUGUCAUUAGCUAUGGGUUUUUAGUAGACAUAGUUCCACCUGUAUUUAUUUUUCCAAGGUCACACCCAUCACAGCUUAGUGUGCUUCUAGCUUUGUCCUCUUUCAACUUGAAAAUCAAAUUCUGCUGUGAUGAAUGCAGACUUUUCCAUCCAUUAUUGUUUAUUGUUUGCAUGACAGGAUACAUGUUGUUGUGAAAGAAUUAUAUACAUUACCUUUUUCAGUGGUGUAUGUUGUUAGUCGAUUGUUGUUGAGAUGUUUUUCGGAAAAAAAAAUCCUGGUGAAAUCAGAUUUUAUGUAGUUGAUUUCAUGAUUAUAAUAAUGACAGAGAUCAAGAAUUUUUAAACUGGGUAAUAAUUUUAUUUAAAUGUUAAAUUUCAGACUGUGAUAAUAUGAGAAUUAUUUCAUGGGAUAUAUAAUAGUGCAAGUUUCACAAGUGAUAGAUAAUAUGCUACCUAGUAUGUUGUAAGUAGGAUAAAAUUUUGAGUUCCAAGAGGUACAGUUCUUGUGCUAUACUUUUCCAGAGACAUGCUAGGACCAUCACAGAAUUAUCACAGGAGCAUGACAAGAACUCGGAAUAGAUUUUAUGUGAUAACUGGGACCUGCAAGUUGGUUACCAAGGUUACCAGACAAUACCGGUGCAUGUGAUAUUGAAGUCCUUCACCUUCCUGAUGCCAUAAUCAACAAUUAUCAAACUAUUUUUAGAAGUCUUAGAUUGAACUCGAAGAUUUAAUAACAGCAAUAAAUAUAUCUUUAUUUCAUUUUACAUGUAGUAUAAACAUAUAUAUUUAGAACCUGAGACAGUUGUGGUACAAGAUGGUGAUAUUUAUACUACCCCUUGAUAUUUACAUAAUAAUGUUAUAAAAAAGACUUUCCUGGAUCCACACAGCAAACAAGGUUUUUCUUGUGUCAAGUUUGAGGGUUACGCGCCAUCAUAGUCCGGUUUGCUGAUGAAACUGGAUCAGCGACAUCAGGCCUGUGGUAGGGUGAAUGGACUCAAGUGUUGACAUAUCAGUGCAUAAUUCUCAAUAAAUGGUGCAAGCUAGCUCAACGAAACUCUACCUGGCAUUUCGUAACUUGUCUAUUGUGUGUGACGUGCUUGGGUUGACCUGUCAAAUUGUAAGUCAUUCACUGAACUUACUCUGUACUGUGGCAGUGCUCUUCAUGUGAGAGAAGCUGACGAAUGAAUGAUUUGAAAGUUAACUGUUUGAUUCUUAAAUCAAUCGACAGCAUUACACCAAGACUUACUACAGCAUGGAGAAUGAAGUAAGCCUUUUAAAGCACUGCACUCAAGAUACUCAUUAUAUUCUCUGGCAGUAAAAACACAGAAUUACCAACUAUUCUUAUAUACAAAUUUACAGAGUGGUAAAUUCUUUGUACCACUUUAUUUAUGUAUGAAUUAUCUACUGACAUUGUUGAUAUUUGUGUGGGAGUGGAAAAGCUUUGCUUGUGUGUGUCAACAAGUGCUCAAUACAGUAAUUGCAAUGUGUGCAAUAACGUACAUGAAAACUGUGCUAGGGGCGACAAUCUGGAUGUAUGUCACAUGACGCAUUGUGGUAAUAUUCUCACUGAUUAUACGACAAUCGCGUUUCCUACUUAUCUGAUUUCACAAUCAAGCUCUACGCACAGGACAUUUUGUUCCUCAUCACUGAGAACAGCUGUACAAAGUCAUAUAACACUCUCACCUGUAAAUUGUCUAACAACGGAGUCCAUGACAAAUUUUUAUGGAUAACAACUAAUCCAUUCCCAAGUUCUUGAAAGUUAGAAAAAUUGGACUAACAUAAAUACAUGACACGUUUUUAUAGAUAACUUCUUUUUAUUCUUUAUACGUCGUUUUCAUUCACCUGAAUGAGGAGAAAGAAGAAAGAAUUAGCUCUGAAACGUAUAAAGAAUAAAAAAGAAGUUAUCCAUAAAAACGUGUCAUGUAUUCAUGUUUGUCCAACUUUUCUAACUUUCAAGAACUUAACAAUGGAGUAGUGUUCAUUAUAAUUUUCAAUCAAAAUGUUACAACUCAUAAUUUUCAUCAGUGAGGCAGGACCAUUUUAAAAUUAGGUUCAACUAUUCUGCGAAGUGUUAAAGGGAUAAAGAAUAAGGAUGAAAAUUAAAAUUGUUUUUCAUUUUGGAUGGUGUUUUCCAACUUUCCUGUCACUGUGACUGUGUGUAGGGUGGGUCUAUGCUGCUGAGGCUGGUCUCCUGUAUCGUGUGUAUCAGGAGAUGUUGGAUGGAGUACAACUGAGAGCGUGUUAGUGUAAGGACCACUCGUUCUCCAUGGGGAGGGGGAGCUGGAUCAACACCAGCUAUUUGUAUGUCAACAUCCUUUCAUAUUUUGUCUUUGUGUUCAACAAAUAUUUGAUGUUUGAUGUCAGGUAGCUUGUUGUAGCUGAAGAUGAAUUAUAUUAAAUUAUGAAGUAGAUGCUGUGCAAGAUACAAUUUUAAACUUGUUAAUGCUUUGUUAUUCGGUGGUCUUUGAGAUUAGAAGUCAGUUUUAUGUGCUCCAAAUGUGAAAAAUUAAUGAAUGGUGACCAGUUAUUUUAACCUACAAUUGUUGGCCAUAAUGAGUUUCUGAAGUUUAGUCUCCAUUGAUAUCAAAGUAGCAGAAAUAUGUAAAUUAAUAUUUACAAAUCAUGUGCACUAUUUUUGCCAUGUUAGUGUUUAGACUAUAUUUAUCUUGUAUUAGACAUCGACAUUUACACUGAAAACGUGACAGUUGUGUUUUCUUGCUGAGAAUAAAAGGGAAGUUUAAAAAUAGAAAUAUACUGACACACUUUGAUUUUCUUUUGCUGAUGUUUGUGAACAUGGCCUCAACACAACAAUGAUGUCAUUUAGGUUUGAAUCUCAUUUCAUGUGUUUCAGAGCUGAAAAACAUAUCUUGACUGCUGGAAAACAUGAUUAAUCAUUUUCAUUGUCCAUCAUUAUAACUGAUUUCUAGAUUAAUUCUCAACUUGCAGCAAACAAACACCUGAUAUUGCGUCUUGCUCUGUCCAAGUUGCAAAACCAUUUAGUUUAUGGGAGACAUGUUGUUGUGUGUGCAAAGAAUAGUUGUACAGGAAGUCAUCCUUGUCCUGCAGUAGACUUGUUACAAGUGAGGUUAAAACAAUAAUAUAGACCUCAGUGGGUGGGUGGGACAGUUUACUGGGGGCUGGAGUUUGAUAAUGGAACUCUGGUAUUUAUGAAUACUGACAUAUGUUGUGAUGUAAAUAUUCCAUGAGUUGAGUAUUAAACCAGUAUUUAUUAUGUGGAUAUUUAUUUGUUGUAAAUAUCAUUCUCUAGUCAUAAUAUUUUUCCCCGCUAUACAGAACAGGCACAUGAGAUGCUGUACUGACCAUGAGACUAUUAAGGCUGAAUCAUGUCAUGUUUGUUGUAUUUAUGUGAAGGUAAAUGUUGGGCGAAAGACCUCUCUUGUAAGUAAAGGGUUAAUUGGUAUCUUGUUUCUUUACACUUUACAUUAUUCAUAAAAGGCUUAAAGAUUGUCAUAGCUGAUGGUUAUAUUUUCCAAAAA